AUGUUAUUCAACUUCCCUCCACAAUUAUUCCCGAUCAUACACACUCUAAUCAACUCGUCUUACCUCUGGAAUUCGUCUUACCUCUGGAAUCAUAUGCCACUUGCCUUGAAUAUCCGCGUGUACAUAGGCACUGCGAUCGGGGACGAUAAGCUCUUGCAGGCGGUUGAGCGCUUGACUUUAGAUGCUGAGGCGGCAGCCGUCAAUGGGCCUGAUGAAGGUCAAAGUUCUGCCAAGUCCGAUCACGUAACUGUGAUCGAGGACGAUACGCCGUUCGCGGCGGCUGAGCGCUCGGCUGAGACGACAACGGCGGUGCAUAGCGGGCCUGAAGAGAUUGCAGCGGCAGAUGAAGCUCAAAGUUCUGCCAAGUCCGAUCACGUAACUGCGAUCGAGGACGAUACGCCGUUCACGGCGGCUGAGCGCUUGGGUAGACCGGCCAAGACCGCGGUGCAUAGCGGGCCUGAAAAGAUUGCAGCGGCAGAUGAAGGUCAAAGUUCUGCCAAGUCCGAUCACGUAACUGCGAUCGAGGACGAUACGCCGUUCACGGCGGCUGAGCGCUUGGGUAGACCGGCCAAGACCGCGGUGCAUAGCGGGCCUGAAAAGAUUGCAGCGGCAGAUGAAGGUCAAAGUUCUGCCAAGUCCGAUCACGGUUCAUCAACCGCUGAGGCGGGUGCGGAUAGUAAGCCGGACAAGUCUCCAGCUUCAGAGGAAGGCAAAAUCUCUGAUCAGGAUAUCGGUUUACCAUUAUUUUUUCAAGUUCCAGCCGGUGAUUUGGUGAUCUUCAAUCAGGGCAGCAUCUUUGAGGCGGACGGGAGCUUUACCACCAAGGGGUUGAGUGGGUUCUUCGAUCUCUUGUUCACCAAGGGAAUUUUUGAAGGGCCCCUCAACAUUCACCAGUUCCCGCAAGUGGUUCGCACGCUAGUCAAGACCUACGGGUACAGCCUCCCGAUCAGGAUGAAUUACAUCACCACGCCCGACGGGCCAAUCGCCACCCACUGGAUUGCGCAAAGGAUCCACGCAGUAUGGACCAACGGGAACGGGGAGCUCCGAUAUGAUUGUCCUGAUUCCAUAGCUUUUCGAAGUAUGGAGUUUGACAUGGAUAACACUGGAGAAGCGGUUAUACUUGGACUAUAG